CUCCACGUCAUUAGACUUCCUCGUUAACAUCAGAUGCAGCUGCAGCUUAGCUUUAGCAGAAAUCUAUCGUCCACCCUAGGCGAGUCAGAAAGUGUAGUAGCGGUAUAGAAAGUAGGAAACAUUUCAAAUAGGAAACUGCUAAAAGUAUCCGCCAUUUUGUGCCGAUGAACGUGAGCCGAAGCGGCGGACACGCAGAGAGUUUUUGGUGGCCGAGUCGAGGAGGGGAGUUCAGACGUUCCCAAUGGUCGGUCUGCCCAGAGGAAUCAAACACACCUGGACUCUAUAUUUAGGCUGCUCGAGGAUCACAUUAUCACUUUUGUGAGGAACAAGCUGAAGAGGACGCAGGAGAUUCUGAGUCCAGAUUACCCAGAAGGCUUAGAGUGUCGGAGGGAGGAUGAGGGGUUGUCGGGAGGUGAGGAUGACGAGCAGAGGAGGAGCAGCCAAGAAGCUUUUCUAAAGAUCGUACUGCAUUUCCUCAAGAGAAUGGAGGAGGAGGAGCUGGCUGACUAUCUGCCGAAUCAAAUUAUUCCUGCCUUUUGCCAACGUAAGCUUAAAUCUACCCUGAAGAAGAAAUUCCAGUGUGUGUUUGAGGGCAUCGCUGAAGCAGGAAACCCAACUCUUCUGAAUCCGAUCGACACAGACCUCUACAUCACUGAGGGGGAAGUGGCACAGGUCAACAAUGAGCACGAUGUUAGGCAGAUUGAAAUAGGAUCCAGGAUACCGCACAGACCAGAAACAAUAAUCAGACAAGAAGACCUCUUUAAAGGCUCUCCUGUAAGAGAUGAACCAAUCAGAACAGUGAUGACAAAGGGAGUGGCUGGCAUCGGGAAAACGGUCUUAACACAGAAGUUCACUCUGGACUGGGCUGAAGACAAAGCCAACCAGGACAUCCACUUCACAUUUCCAUUGACUUUCAGAGAACUGAAUUUGGUGAAAGAGAAAUCAUUCAAUCUAGUAGAGCUUGUCCAUUACUUCUUCACUGAAACCAAAGAAGCAGGAAUCUGCAGCUUUGAAGAGUUCCAGGUUGUGUUCAUCUUUGAUGGUCUGGAUGAGUGUCGACUUCCUCUGGACUUCCACAACAAUGAGAUCCUGACUGAUGUCACAGAGUCCACCUCAGUGGACGUGCUGCUGACAAACCUCAUCAGGGGGAAACUACUUCCCUCUGCUCGCCUCUGGAUAACCACACGGCCGGCAGCAGCCAAUCAGAUCCCUCCUGAGUGUGUUGACCGGGUCACAGAGGUCAGAGGGUUCACCGACCUCCAGACGGAGGAGUACUUCAGGAAGAGAAUCAGAGAUGAGGAGCAGGCCAGGAGCAUCAUCUUCCACAUCAAGGCAUCACGAAGCCUCCACAUCAUGUGUCACAUCCCGGUCUUCUGCUGGAUCUUUGCUACAGUUCUGGAGGAUCUGUUGAAAACCAGAGAGGAAAGCCGCCCGCCGCCCAUGAGAGGAAAGCCGCCCGAGACCCUGACUGCGAUAUACCUCCACUUUCUGAUGGUUCAGGUCAAACUGAAGAUGGUCAGGUACGGUGGAGAAUCUCUGAUAUAUUCACUAUCGAGUCCAGAGAACACGAAGAUGAUUGAGUCUCUGGGAAAACUGGCUUUCGAGCAGCUGCUGAAAGGAAACUUGAUCUUCUAUGAAUCAGACCUGAUGGAGUGUGGCAUCGAUAUCAGAGCAGCCUCGUUGUACUCAAGGGUGUUCACACAGAUCUUUAAAGAGGAGAGAGGGCUGUACCAGGAAAAGGUGUUCUCCUUUGUUCAUCUGAGCAUUCAGGAGUUUCUAGCUGCAAUCUACAUGCUCCACUGUUACAAAGCUAGGAACAUGGUGGCUCUGGCGGACUUCCUGGGUCAAAACUGUGAUCAGUCGCCUCUGGAUGAAUUUCUGGUCAGAGUCACAGAGAAAUCUUUGCACAGUAAAAAUGGCCACCUGGACCUAUUAGUUCGUUUCCUUCAUGGCAUCACUCAGUGCAACCAGACCCUCGUAGUAAGACUGUUUGGGCAGGCAUUUUACACAAGUCCGGCAGUCAUCAAAAAGGCUGUGGACAACCUGAAGGGGCUGAGCAUGCACAACAUUUCUCCUGACAGAAGUAUCAACAUCUUGCACUGCCUGAUGGAGCUGGAUGACCUCUCAGCACACAAGGAGAUCCAAGAGUUCCUGAUGUCAGAGAACAAAUCAAAGACAAGACUCUCUGAGAUCCACUGCUCAGCUUUGGCCUACGUGCUGCAGAUGUCAGAGGAGGUUCUGGAUCAGUUGGAUUUGAAGAAUUACAAUACAUCAAUGGAAGGACGACAGAGACUCAUAUCAGCUGUGAGGAACUGCAGAAAGGCUCGACUUUCUGGUUGUUAUCUCUCUGGGAUUCACUGUGAAGUCGUGGUCUCAGCUCUGAAGUCCAGUCCCUCCCAUCUGAAAGAGCUGGACCUGAGUGACAACAACCUGCAGGAUUCGGGGGUGAAGCAGCUGUCAGCUGGACUGCAGAAUCCAAACUGUAAACUGGAGACUCUGAGAUUGAGUUACUGUGGUUUAUCGAAGAUCAGCUGUGAGUUUCUGGCCUCAGCUCUGAAGUCCAACCCCACCCAUCUGAGAGAGCUGGACCUGAGUGAAAACAGCCUGCAGGAUUCAGGAGUGAAGCAUCUGUGUGGUUUUCUGGAGAGUCCACGUUGUAAACUGGAGACUCUGAGGUUGUGGUGCUGUGGAUUAUCAAAGACGAGCUGUGACUAUCUGAUCUCAGCUGUCAGCUCCAACCCCACACAUCUGAGAGAGCUGGACCUGAGAGACAACGAGCUGCAAGGUUCAGACGUGGACCAGCUGCAGGCUUUCCUGGAGAAUACACACUGUAAACUGGAGGCUCAGAGGUCGGUACAGGGUCGGAGUCGGUCCACGCUCCGCAGUUUGUAAUAAACACAAUUGGUAUCGAAGUAUAGAUCCAGUGUUUCCCGUGAACCUGCAGUUACAGCGUCAUUGAUGAAAAUAGUGGCUGUGGUCAGUAAUUUAUCAGCUCUGUUUAUGUUCUUCUCUCCACAGUUGGUGGUCUUUGUAAAGUGAGCGUGACCAGGACGCAGGGUGUGCUGAAAGAAGAUGAAGAGAAGUGGGGCGGCGGAGCUACACGGGGGCUUCGCAGAAGUAUAAAUACGCUAACACAAGGCCUAACGUCUCCUCAGCCCACGGUGCUGCCAAGAGCCAGCAACAAAUGACCCCACUGCCACUGGACUUAGGAGAGAUCAGGUUGGAAUUAAAAGAGAAAUGUGAAGAGGUUUAACAUAAGAAUCCAUGGCGUAUCGGAAACCUCUGGCUCCACCUCCAUUAGCAUCUCUGAUGCCGUUUCCAGCUCGACUCAAGGUUACGUAUUAAGGGGAGGUUGAUUUAUCCAAACACAGCUAUGGAAUACGUUGAGAAGCACACUGUAGGUUGACAGUUUAACACAGCUUUAAUGGGUUAUUGUUAUGGUAAAUCCAGGCAUUAGUUUAUUUUCCUUAAUAAUCAAUAUCCUCGGUUAUGCAUAGUGGCUAAUGCAGCAUUUGUUUACUUGUUUGUGAGUGACAUUCCGUGAUGGAUCAUAAGUAAUGUAUUCCUACUGAUUUAUUCCCUCUACUAAUGAAGUAGACUGAGGGUUUCAAACUCAUUUUAGUUCAAGAGCCACAUUUAGCCCGGUUUGACCUCAAAGGGACUUGACCAGUAACACAAUAGCAUAUUAACCUAUAAAUAAUGACAACUCCAAAUGUUUCCCUUUGUUUCAGUAUAAAGAAGAGCAUUAAGUAGUUACUUUUCUUGGAAAAUUGCAGUUAAUGUCUUCAAUGUGAUUUUUGCACCUUUUUUUUGCCAAUUCAUCCUGCAGGUCAGAUUAGACCUUCUGACGGGCCACUUUUGGCCUAAGCAUAGGAAGGACUAUGCAUUGUCUGACUUAGUUUAACCUCUUCCCUGCAACUUAAAUAAGUUUUGCAAUCAAAUGCUUUCAAAUGUAACGUUGCAUGUCUUAUAAUUAACAAUUGAUUAUAUAUAUACGUGUGUGUAGUUGAUGGAUUUGCUCUAUGCUCGUUUCUUAUUGUACUUGCUUGGAGUUGUUCCUAAACUCUUUUUUGUGUGUCUGUGUCAGGCUGCAUCCUACCAGGGGAUGACUGUUGCCUUCAAGGAGUGUCAUUUCUAUGGGGUCUGGCCUAGGUACACGAAUUCCGGGUCCAAACGUUUCCCAACAGAACACUCACUGAAUUGUCACAAGAUGGUCAGUGUCGUUUACUUCUCCCGUCAGUGGCUUUACAGUAUUGUUAGAGGACAUGGUGGUUGGCCAGUGAGGUGAAAUGUUUAAGUUGCUCAUUCAUCCAGUGAUAUUCAAAAACACUUGUCAUUUGCUUUCCUGUGGGAGAUCCACAUACACUCACAGAUGACGUCAUUAGGUACACGGAUGAAAAGAAAUCCGGCCUAAUAUAACAGUCCUGCACUAAACUUUUGUGACUGUCACAGUGUUAUAGUGUUUCUGUUAUUUAGUCAAGCCCACUCACUAAAAUAUUAGAAACAAGUAUCCAUACAGUGUAAUACAGUUCAGUAGUACUACAAAUCACAGCCUUCCAAAUAAAAACACACAUAUUUCUUUUCUUAACAAAUAGAGGGUAUGUAUAUUUUUCUAAUAAUGUAUAUCUGAGUAAGUGAUGAUCUAUAUUACUCCAAUUCCUACUCAGAGUCUUAGUGCUCAUACAAACUGUAUUGUAUGUUCUGACUGUCAGAGAGCAAACCUGUCUCAAUCACUUUAUCCAGAUUUUUCUGAAGAAUCGUGGUAUGGUGAAUGUAUAGCAGUUUUAUAAUCCCACCUCUACCUCAUCACUAUCAGUUUGUGAAUAAUCCUUCCCUGCUAAGUGCUUACCUCCAGUUGUUAUCCAUUCUGUUAACACGGAGAACUGUUACGGCCUCAUAAAACUAAAGUAAUACAAGGCUCAAUGAGGCCACAACAUAUAAGGACGCCACACAAGGAUUUCAUGGUUACCAAAAAUGAAACUUUAUUGAAAGAUUUGCAUUGGGCAAGAAAGGGAAAAAAGGUUAACCCACAAAGUUAUGAACCAAAACGAGAUGGAGACCCCAGAGGAACAAAAGAGGGAAACACAGGGCCAGCCAAGCAAUGGGCCGUCGCACCCUGUGCUUUCCCCUAUUAAUUAAAAGAAAGGUAUAACCUAAAACAAAAACGCCAAACAGGACUACUGGCAGUCUCCAACUCAAACUAAAACAACAAACUCAAAAAGGAAAACUCUGCCAUGCAAAACAGGAACCAUUAAAGACCUUUUAUUCUUACUGACCUGUCCCAUCACAUCCUCCGGUAUCUUUGCUGCUCGUUCAAAUGCUAUGAUUAUUUUAUUAUUUUUUUCUAUUUACAUUUUUUUACAUAUAUACACAUUUGUAAAUGUGCAAUAUACUUAGAAUUAAUAAAAGAACUUGAUCAGAAACAA